GAGGGAGUGCGAAAUCUUUCUCCGGGCAUCGAAACUUGUAUAAAAACUCCGGGUGAAUCUGGAGAGAGCAUCAAAGCGUUCACUCGUGUCUAUUAAUCCAUUUCCUUCGUUCUACGUCUGAAAUCCAAUUUGAUAAGCUUUCAACAUGAAAUUCUUGGUUGCAUUCCUAGUCCUUUUGGCGAUUGUAUGCUGUACGGCUUUGGACGAUGUAAGCGGAAAAAAGACCGAUAAGCGAGGAGCAUUCGGUCUGGGAUAUGGUUACCACGGACCAUAUUACGGAGGAUAUGGUGGAGGCCAUGGAGGAUACCAUCAGGGAUACGACUAUCACUCCUUCUCUCAUGGACACUCACACUACCCGUACCAACAUGGACACUACGGAUAUGGCUUCCAUCAUCCUUAUGGAUACGGAAACCAUUAUUAUUAAGUGAAAUAGUUGCAGCGUAAGUGCAACGUUACAAGUUUUCUUAUAUUUUCCCCAAAUUUUUUUUACAAUUAUUGUAUUACCUUGAGCGUAAUAAAAAGAGACAUUUUAUAGUCGAUUACAACUGAA